CUGACAGGUAACGUCAACUCACUCUAAACUCGUUUGUUUGUCGUUUUGCGAUUUUUAUGCUGUCCGUUAAAGGCUUCAGGAUCGACACUAUUCCCGGAAACAGCUAGAAUUAGAGGCAGCUAACCGCUUUCUUGAUAAAUAUGCAGGCUGGAAUAAUUUUUAAACGCUAGCCGGUUAAGCUAACGACACUCUGAGUAAGCGGCUUUUCAUCGCACCCGCAUUCGGCCAAACCCCGCCUCCUAUUCUGUGAUUCGUUGCUGGAUAAUUGGCAGCAGGUGCGCGCCGAGCCGAUAAAUCAGCAACGUGAGAACGUACAGAACGGACCAAUCCCUGCGCAGGAUUCGCUAAAAGGCCUGAUUCGAGUCCACAUCAAGAACAAGGUGUCCCUUUUAUCUCCCCUGUCCAAAAAUGGCAGACCCGAUGGAGAUAGACGAUUCAUUGUACAGUCGACAGCGGUAUGUCCUGGGAGACAGUGCCAUGAAGCAGAUGGCUCAGUCGUCUGUGUUCCUGAGUGGAAUGGGGGCUCUGGGUUUGGAAAUCGCCAAGAACAUCGUCCUUGCCGGAGUGAAGACAGUCACGUUGCAUGACAGUCAGCAGUGUGACGUCUGGGAUCUGGGCACUAACUUCUUUAUCCGAGAGGAGGACAUUCAGAGCGGGAAGAAAAGGGUGGAGGCCAUACACACCCGGGUUGCUGAGUUAAACCCUUAUGUGCAGGUCAGUGUAUCCAGUUUGCCCCUGAAUGACACGACUGAUCUCAGCUUCCUGCUUAAGUACCAGUGCGUUGUGCUAACAGAGACAAGUCUGAGCUUGCAGAAGAGGGUCAACAGUUUUUGUCACUCUCAACAGCCUCCGAUUAAGUUUAUUAGUGGUGACGUUUUGGGGAUCUGCUCGCGAGUGUUCUGUGAUUUCGGGGAGAGCUUUGAGGUGUUGGACCCGACAGGGGAGGAGCCUAAAGAGCUUUUCAUUCAGAAUAUCAGCCAGGAGAACCCUGGUGUGGUGACGUGCUUGGACAGCCGCGCGCACGGCCUCCAGACAGGACAGAGCGUGUGUUUCCGAGAGAUCGUCGGCAUGACCGAACUCAAUGGCACCACACACCAAAUUACAGUUAUCUCUCCAUACAGCUUCACGAUCAGCGACACAUCAUCCUUCCAGCCAUAUCUCCACGGUGGAAUCUUACGGACGGUCAAAACCCCCAAAAUACUCAGCUUCGAGACGAUGGAGCAACAGUUACACAACCCACAGCUUCUUAUUCCAGACUUCAGUAAACCCGAGGCACCACUGCAGAUCCACGCCACUAUGAUAGCUCUGGACGUCUUUAAGGAACAACACAACAGGCUGCCGAUUAUAGGCUGUUGGCAGGAUUCGGAUCUCUUGCUAAAGAUUACCGAGGAGGUCAACGGGACUCUUAAAAACAAAGCGAGCGUGAACCCGUCUUUAGUGAGGUGCGAGUCACGUUGUGCGAGAGGUUGCCUCGCUCCCCUGGCAGCUGCAGUGGGAGGCUUUGCCAGUCAGGAAGUGCUGAAGGCUCUUACCGGAAAGUUCAUGCCGCUCCAACAGUGGUUUUAUCUGGACGUCUUAGAAGUGGUCCAACCCCUCCAGUCACUUCCUGCAGAGGAGUUCACACCCAGGGGCGAUCGAUACGAUGCUCUGAGGGCUUGUAUUGGUGAAUCGUUUUGUCUGGAGUUGCACAAGCUGCGAGUCUUUAUGGUGGGCUGUGGUGCUAUAGGCUGUGAGAUGCUGAAGAAUUUUGCACUGCUCGGCGUGGGGUUGACCAGAUGCUCAGGGGAGGUUUUCAUCACCGAUCCAGAUCUUAUAGAGAAGUCCAACCUCAACCGCCAGUUUCUUUUUAGACCUCGCCAUAUACAGAAGCCGAAAAGCACUACGGCAGCCGCAGUUACGUUACAGAUAAAUCCUGAGCUGCAAGUCGACGCUCACCUGCACAAGGUGUGUCCGGCCACAGAGGACAAAUUCAACGACGCUUUCUACUCACGUCUCAAUCUGGUCAUCACCGCACUGGAUAACGUGGAGGCUCGGAGAUACGUGGACAGCCGAUCCGUGUCCAAUCAGAAGGCGUUACUCGACUCCGGGACUAUGGGGACGAAAGGUCACACAGAGGUCAUUGUGCCAAACCUGACAGAGUCCUAUAACAGCCAUAGAGAUCCACCAGAGGAGGAGAUACCGUUCUGCACUCUAAAGUCUUUCCCUGCUGUGAUCGAGCAUACCAUACAAUGGGCCAGGGACAAGUUUGAAAGCGCCUUCUCUCACAAGCCCUCCAUGUACAACAUGUUCUGGCAGAACUACGUGUCCACUUUCGAUGUAUUGAAGAGGUUGAAAGCUGGCGAGAGCAUGGACGGCGUGUUUCAGGUCAUUAAGGUGUUGAGUUGCCGGCCCACGCACUGGGAGCACUGCCUGGCUCUCGCUCGCCUCAAAUUUGACAAAUACUUCAAGAGGAAGGCGCUACAACUACUGCACUCGUUUCCACUGGAUACACGACUAAAAGACGGCACUCUGUUCUGGCAGUCUCCCAAACGCCCUCCGUCCCCUAUCGAGUUCGAUCUCAAAGACCUGCUGCACUUGAAGUUCGUGGUCAGCACGGCUCGGCUUUUCGCAGGAAUUUAUAACGUUCCCUGUUCAGAAAAGAACCUGAGUUACGAGGCCGUGGCAUGCUUCUUGGCUGAAGUCGAGAUUCCAGAGUACAAGCCGGCAGAGAAGGUAGCCGCUCGUACCUCGUACCUUCUAAUUACCUUUAUGCAGCCAUCAGGUGCUUCUCAGGAUGACCAUAUAGAAACGGAUGAAACGGUUAAAAAGCCUGAUCAUUUGAAGCUGUCGGUAAGCAGCGAGGAGGAACGCGAAGCCAUAUCACAGCUAGAGGCGGCCACCUCAUCUGGUUUUACACCAGAGAGCAUGCGUAUGACGCCGUUGCUUUUUGAGAAAGACGAUGACUCGAACGGUCAUAUGGAUUUCGUGGAGUCGGCGUCAGCUCUGAGGGCCCGCAUGUACUCAAUUGAAGCUGCCGAUCGCCUUCAGACCAAACGAAUCGCCGGAAAAAUCAUCCCCGCGAUUGCCACGGCUACCGCUGCCGUCGCCGGCUUGGUGGCGCUGGAGCUGAUCAAAGUCACAGGGGGUUACGGCUUCGAAUCGUUUAAGAACUGCUUCUUCAACCUGGCCAUCCCCGUCAUGGUCCUAACAGAGACAGCUCGGGUCAGAAGGACGCAGAUCAGAGAUGACAUCUCCUUCUCCAUCUGGGAUCGCUGGUCCAUCACAGGUCAUGUGGACUUCACCCUGUCUGAGUUCAUCAGUGCUGUAAAGGAGAAGUACGGUAUCGAGCCCACCAUGGUGGUCCACGGAGUGAAGAUGCUCUACGUACCCAUCAUGCCUGGACACAGCAAGAGACUCAAACUGACUAUGCAGAAACUGAUGAAGCCUUCGGCAGACAGGAAGUACGUCGAUCUCACAGUGUCUUUUGCACCAGAGACGGACGGGGGCGAGGAUCUGCCCGGCCCUCCUGUCCGCUAUUACUUUAGACACGAGAGUGGGGAGAAGGCCUGACACACACAAACUGAUAUUACACCCUCCCUUAUCUUCCCCUGUGGACCACUAGUGGAGUAGCACUUGAUCAAUCUGUACAUAGUGAAACUUGUUUUUUGUUUUCUACGGGUUCGUAAUUUUAUUGCAUAGCUCCAUCAGUGCCAAUGCCUUAAAAAAUAGUGUCCACGAUGAUGAUGAUGGAGGUUAUUAAUUGUUAUUGAUCUCACCGUCGAAAAACAGUGUUUACACUCCUAAAGCUAACUGAUGGCUAUUAUUUUGUUAGCGCAUACACAUUAGGGAUCGAUGCUGAACGAAUCGCUUACUAACGUAGAUUGUUAGUGACGUAAAAUCCUGAGCCUUUCCUGUUCAACCCAGAACAAGACAUGCAGCUUCACUGUGUAAUAUGCAAACUGAAGAGAGAAAAAAACAGCUCUAUUUAUUUCUACGCUUUUCCUCAAAAUGAACAGGAAAUUCAACGUACCUAACGAGCUCAAAGAAAGCAUCCCCUCAUCCGAAAGACUCCCCAGAGGAAUCGAUUCAAUGUAUUGAACAAAUCACCACGUCAGCGACAUAACGCGCUCCCUGCAGCACUGUGAGUCGUGUGCAUCCGUCUGCUUUCAUUCCAUUUCUCUCUGUUUGGGAGAAGUCACUUUCUUUUACACACUUUGACGGAUCUGGAAGAAUCUUGGACACUUUGCUGGGAUAUUAUCAUGUAGCUCACAGCCCUGAACAGGAAGUAAAGGAGAGCAAAACUCUGUGUUUUUUUUCUUUCAUUUACUUCCUCUAUUAAAAGAAAGGCUCUUGUAACAAGGUUCUCCUUUUCCUAGAACUUGUAACCAUGGUGUUCUCCGUAUUCAUGAAUAAGAUGAUGCCCAACAUUUCACAGCUCUAAAAAUAAAUAAACAAACAAACAAACCAAGUCAACAGAUGUUAGAAGUAUGAUAUUCCACCACAUGACUGAACCGGAAUAGUCAGUUAAAGGUUGAUUAAAAAAUAAAACUUCAUCUCCGGUUAAUCAAGAAACAACGACAGAGUACGUUCUCUUCAGGAGCCCGGACGUUUGGUGUGUUACGUGUUCUGAGAUGCUUUUGUAAAAUAUGGUAACUUGAGUUACUGUCAGCUCGAACAAGUCUCCUGCCCACAGAGCCACCGCUCGCUGGAUGCACCAUCCUGAGGAACCUCCAGGCUGAUGAACAUCUCUAACAUGACCAGAGGGGAAAAAUGUCCUCUAGGUUCAUAUCAUGCUCUAGUUUGAUCACCAUCAUCAGAGACUAACCCUGGGAAAUAUUUGCCUUCAUUUCUUCCUUUCCUUUUUUUAUUUUUCUCUUUCCUAUAUUGUUCUUUCUGUCCUCUAGCUUCUUACUUUACUGUGUAAUCAAGUGUUUUUUUUUUUGUCACAGUGCUGGUAAAGUGUUCCCUCUGAUCGUCGCAGGUCCAGGAGAAGUUGUUAGCGUGAACACAACUGAGUGUGUGCUGGUGUUUGCAGCUCGCACUGCUGCCCCUCACACACCUGAUCCGGCAUGUAGAUUUUGGUGUGUUGAUGCAAAGGGAUAAUAAAACCUACAGACCUGUGGUUUCUUCUGUA